AUGCAAAAAAGGCAAACAAAACUUGGAUGUAAAAAACCUCUUGUAAAAAGUAAAAGGUUCCAAAAAGAAAACGAAAUUGAACAUAGCACUAAAGGUUUACAUGGUGGCUCGUCAACAAAAGAACAUUCUCCUUUCAAAAAAGUUUCUAAUUACACACAUACGCCACCAAGGAAACUUCGUGUAAAAAAUAAAAGGUCCCCCCCAAACAACGAAAAUAAACAUAGUGGUACUUCUAACAUUAGCACAAAGGGUUUACAUGGUGUUUCGUCUAAUUUUACACAUACGCCACCAAGGAAAAUUGCAUUUCCAACUAAUAAAUUACAAAAAAAAUAUAUAAUAAAGGAAUUAUAUAAACUCGAGAAUUUGAAUAUGACGGAUCUUAAAGAUGAUGAUUUUAUGGACAUUUCACCUAAAAUUAAGAGAGAGGUGAUUAUUAUCGAUGACGAUCCCGAAGCACUUAAUAACCAAAGUGAUGAAUUUCGUGCACCCUCACCUACAAGGAAUAAAUAUGCUAAUUUACCGGAAAUAGAUUUAUUAUCUGAUGAUGAAACUUCGAUACAAAGUAGUAAUUUAAGGAGAAAAGGUGAAGGUUCCACAGAAUAUAAACGUUGUCCAUAUUGUAACGAGGAUAUUCCUCUUCCACUUCCGGAGCGUAUCCGAGCUUAUUUGGUUAAAAUAAAUCCUUCAGCUCGAGAUAAGUUAUCCAACCAAACACAGAAUAUAUCACCAUCAUUUUUCCUUCAACGUUCCUUAAAUGUAAUAGACCAAUUUGAGUUUUGUCGUCUACAUAAUGCAGAAUCUCACAUUGUUCCAGAAGGUCUUGAGAAAAAUUAUCCAAUUAAAAUUGAUUUUGAGCGACUUCCAAAACGGGUUAAGAACUUGGUUCCAGAAUUGAUGUUGAUUAUAAAGGGGAAACGGAAGAGCUUGUAUAGGGAUGUUGCAUUAAGUGCAUAUCAGGAGUUUGGUAGGGCUCGAGCAAGGAAGCCAACUAUUUUGAUGGGAAGAUUUCAGAAAUUUCAACCUGGAUAUUAUGGGUCUAAAGGCGCCUCGAUAAUAUUUUCUUCUCUCGUUUCUCUUUUUAUGAAUACAAAUAUUCUUACAAUGGAUAUGACAAAACCGCAAGAACCUUUGGAAUAUCUCAAUCAGGUACUUGUACCUGAAACUGCAAUUCGUCUAAUUUCUAGGGAUCGUGGUGGUAUUUCCUUAGAAGAUGCAAGAGAGGUUAUGGAAAGUAGUGUUGAAUUUGGAAUGUAUGUGCAUGAUGUUGACGAUGAUCCUGACAAUAAAUGA